AUGCGGGGAGUUGGCUUUAGGCAUUUGCGUUCACCGCUUCCGGUGGAGGGGUCUCGCUUUGGUUUAUCCUGCGGAGGAUCUAGGUCAAUGGAGCAAAGCCACAUAGUACUUCCGUCGGUGUGUGAACUCCAGAGGCCCUGCUCAUCAAUGGCACGCUGUGGCACACGCAACGCUGAGCUGCUUUGCGGCAAAGAUGUUAGCCCUAUAUGUAGCGAUACGAGUGAAACUGACCAAAAAGACAAUGGCCCCCAAGCCUUUUCUCAAAAUUGUCCAAUGAUUCCUCCACCACCUCCACCUCCACCUCCUGAGCAGCGGCCACAAAACAUGCCUGACAUUUCGGCGUACCCUUCAGCUGUACUGACAACACAGAUGCACAAUGCUCAGCAGCAGCCUCGAGUACCAUUAUCACUUCCAUCUAUUGAUCCGCUACGCGUCAAUGUAAUGCCCCAAAUUGCGGCAGCAGCACUAGAUGAAGGUAAAAGUGCUCCCACUCCGCCCUGGAGAAAAAAUGCCAUCCAAGCAAGUCCUUGUGUCGAUUCCUGGCAACACCUUUGCUGCGCUAAAUCCUUAACACUGGUGGAACAGCAGCAACGACCUAAAGCGCAGCAGCCUGAGAUCUUCUUAAGCCCAAACCAGCCGCUGGAAGAUCCGUAUGCCAUGCCAAGCUCUGCCGAUCCUUACGGCCUCACUACUGAGUACAGUGACGGGUUAAUGUGCUCACCUGGAUCUCCCACUCCACCACAGAACUUUAACCUUGGAGGUCCUGGACAAACUGUCUCCACAAAGAUAACCGUUCUGCCUGCUGUUGACGGCUCCAUUGAGACAUGUGAUAGCUUGCCACUUCUGCUACAGCCUCCAAUACUCCGCAAGGAUCUUGAUCAUUCCCAUGUAGUAGCAGGGCGUCCAAGCCGUGUGGCAUUUAUGUGCUCUCCAAUGGUUGCAACAGCUGUAGCAAGAGAAGGAGAAUCACGCCUAUCAUAUGAUGCCCACCGAGUGCGCCGGCGGACCAAAGCCAGGCAAAGGCGUGUAGGAGGGCUACCUCAAAGUGUCCCUGGGGUCCCACCGCCUCUUCCGUUGGGCAUGCAUUGCUAUCCCCCGCAAGAGCGCCACAAUCAACAGCCUGAAAAAGCGAUAAUAUCUCAAAGGCGAACAUGCUACCGUUGUAGGAGACGAGGUCAUGAAGCCAACGAAUGCCCUACUUACCUGCGGGCUCGCCAAAUGCACUCGAAAUACAUGAUCUCUACACCGCCUAUUGUUGUAGAUGGUCUUCCAGCAAAGAGUACUGCUACCCCUAGUACAACAGUUUAA